AUGCUAAUUUGGUGUGGUUCUAGAGAGAAGGCAGUGUGCUGUUUUUCUGGUUCUGGCUUCGUGGGUGUCUACCUAGAUUGGGGUGUGUCCUACAAUAGAUACUUCAUUGUGAAUGUCUAUUCUAAGUGUUCUCUUGUCGAAAAGAGAACGAUGUGGAGAAGAAUGGAACAACUUAAGGAUUAUCUUGGGGAAGAUAACUGGUGUGUGGUUGGGGACUUUAACUCAGUUCUUACUGCAACUGAAAGAAGAGUAUUUACUGGGGACAUUACGAGGGGAUCUAAUAUUGAAAACCUUGUUGGAGAGAUGGGUCUUCUAGACUUACCUUUACUAGGGAGGCGCUUCACCUGGUUCCAACCAAAUGGGGGUGCGAUGAAUCAACUAGACCGAUUCUUGGUUUCAGAUGGUUGGUGGGAUUUUUGGGGGGAGCCUUCUCAAUGGGCUUUGGCUAGAGAUGUUUCAGAUCAUUACCCUAUUAUUAUGAGAUAUUCUUCACAGUUGUAG